AUGAAGACAUUGCAAUAUUGCCAAAGUAAUGUUAGUCAUACAUUAUUCUUUAAACACUCUCCUUCAGGGGGAGUCACAGUACUCUUGGUCUACGAUGAUGAUAUUAUCAUCACAGGGAAUGAUGAUGUAGAAGCACAAAACUUUAGUAGUUUGGCUUCAGCAUUUGAUGUCAAGACAUUGGGAUGCCUAAGAUAUUUUUUAGGCAUCGAAGUGGCUCAUUCUACUAGAGGAAUUUUUAUCUCUCAAAGAAAAUAUAUAAUAAAUUUGUUGGCUGAAAUAGAAAAAUCUACAUGUAAAUCAACUACUACACCAAUUUAUCGAAAUCACAAAUUGUGUAUGGCAAAGGAAGAAGUUCAGGUUGAUUGUGAGAUGUAUCGACAGCUCAGUGGCGAUUUACUCUAUCUAACACGUACUCGACCAGAUAUCUCAUAUGCAGUGAGUGUCUUGAGUCAAUUUAUGCAUCAGCCGAAAGAGAUCCAUUUAUAUACAACACAUAAAGUGCUACAUCAAUUAAAAGGCGCACCAAGACAAAAGAGUCCUCUUUAA